CCCCCGCGAAGCAAGAGGAAAGUCAUGAGUGCAUUCUUAUUUGCCGCCCUCUGCCAUAGAUCUAUGCAGCUGAAUAAACGCCAUAUUGGUGAAUUCUUUUCUGUGGACUUUGCACCCCUUCUAUGUAGUCUAUCGCAACUCAAAUCGAUUAAAAAGGGGGAGGCAAGAUGUCUAGCCAGGCCCCCAUAGCAGCUGCGACAAGUCGGGAUUUAGCUGCACCUAUACAUAUCCAGAGAGUUGAGAAGGCACUCAAUCUAAACCCUUUGCUCAACUAUGUUGAGGGGAUGCUCAAUGACCCUAUCAGUGGAGAUGAGAUGGGAGACUCAGAGUCUGAUGUGACAAAAGACUCAGAUACUGACUUGGAAGGCAAUCAGAUCAUCCAAGGUGUUGUUAUACCUAAGGCUGAAAGGAGGGCUGAUAAAGCACACAUGUAUAACUUCAGCAAAGUGAAGAAGAGUAGAAAAUGGCUGAAGAAUAUCCUACUGAGUGACACAUCAUCAGACGAGGAGUCUGCACCUAUCACUGUUGACAACCUGCAUACUAUGUUAAAGCUGCAUAAGUUACAAAGGGGCAGUCAGAGUGAAUUUUACAGAGACAAAGAGAUGCAGCAGUACCAAUACUACAGUGUAGGCCUGCUUAGUCAGCAAGACAAGUUCUACCAGCAACAGAAGCUUAUUGUUGGGCCCAAGAAGAAAUUAGCCAAAGAACAAAAGAAAUUAAUGAAAGCCAAAAUGAAGAAAUCUGAAGAAGAACUUAGGAGACAGGAAAUCCAAAUCAUGCAAAUGCAAGAGAAUGGUGAGAUUGAUCCAGAAAUUAUCCGAGCUUUUCUCGCUCAGAAACAACAACAGGCUCAUGAAGCACAAAUGUUUGCUCAAAAAUCCAAAGAUCCAAAAACCAAAAAGUUCACGCCAGAACAGAUUGCGGCGAAACGUCGUCGAUUGUGGGUGGGAAUGAUGAAAAAAGAGGUCAGCAAAGCCCAGAAAGCAAGAGCAUCAGCCAGGAAAGAAAUGUUACAAUUGCAUAAAAAAGUAGCUAAAGAGUGUGUGAAAGAGAUGCGUAAAAGUGCCAUGCAAUCUCAAAGAGUUGUCAAGGAAACACCAAUGAGAGCACGACGCCUAACGCGGGAGGUGAUGACAUACUGGAAGAGGUUUGAAAAGGUUGAGAAAGAGACAAGGAAGAAGGCCGAGAAAGAAGCACUCGAACAAAGAAAAAUGGAUCUCAACUUGAAAGAAGCCAAGCGUCAACAACGAAAACUCAACUUUUUAAUUACACAAACAGAACUGUUUUCCCACUUUAUGAGUCGUAAGAUAACUGGGGAGGGAGAUGAGAAGAAGGAACAGAUCCUGAAACGUCUUGAAGAUACUGCUGUGGAUAAGACCAAAGAGAUUGGAAGUGGGAAUAUUAUUGUUGAUCAAUAUGCAGAUGAUUAUGAUCAAGUGGGGGUGAAGAACCGUGCCAUGAACCGUGCCAAUGCUGCCUUAAUGCAACACAAAUCCAAGACAUUGAUGUUUGACAAUGAAAUAGCCAAGAUACAGGGCAAGGAGGAACAGACCCUUGAGUCCAGUUUAGCCAACCCUGACUUCCACUCGGAGGACAUGCCUCAACCAAGUAUAUUUGAGGGCACACUUAAGGCAUAUCAGCUGAAGGGAAUGAACUGGUUGCUAUCUCUGUAUGACCAAGGUAUCAAUGGGAUUCUAGCUGAUGAGAUGGGUUUGGGAAAAACUGUGCAAUCCAUAGCAUUUCUGGCUCAUUUGGCGGAGUCGCAAUCAAUAUGGGGACCAUUUAUGGUGAUAGCUCCAGCUUCAACACUUCACAAUUGGCAGCAGGAAUGUGCUAAAUUCAUCCCCUCAUUAAAAGUAGUGCCAUACUGGGGAAACACAUCAGACAGGAAAACCCUCCGCAAAUUUUGGCAGGGUGAAAACAUGCAUAGUAAAGAUGCUCCGUUCCAUAUUGUGAUUACAAGCUAUCAAUUGGUGAUUCAAGAUUUCAAGUAUUUCAAUCGCAUUAAGUGGCAGUAUAUGGUACUAGAUGAGGCACAAGCAAUCAAGAGCAGUGCAAGUGUACGCUGGAAGCAGCUCCUGGGAUUCUCCUGUAGAAACAGGCUGCUAUUGACAGGUACACCCAUACAGAACUCCAUGGCUGAACUGUGGGCCUUGCUUCAUUUCAUCAUGCCUACAAUGUUUGACUCACAUGAUGAGUUCAACGAAUGGUUCUCUAAAGACAUUGAAAACCAUGCUGAGAAACAGUCAGGAUUUGACGAAGCCCAACUCUCAAGACUUCACAUGAUUCUCAAGCCAUUUAUGUUACGUCGGGUGAAGAAAGAUGUUGAGAACGAACUGCUGGGAAAGAUAGAGAUCCUUGUGUAUUGUCCACUGACUACCAGACAGAAGAUGCUGUACCAAGGAAUAAAGAACAAGAUCUCCAUUGAGGAGUUGAUCCAAUCUGCCUCUAGCUCUACCUCCACUAGUAGUCUCAUGAACCUCGUCAUGCAAUUCAGGAAGGUGUGUAACCACCCAGAGCUAUUUGAAAGACGAGACAUCAGGACCCCAUCAUACACUAUGAGAAUAAACCCUUACACAUUCCCGAAGCUUAUUUACAGAGAUGGGAUCAUUGAGACCAGUCUUCCAAGCAAACAAAGGAUCUUGUACAAUAUGUUUUACAUCCAUAAUCCUCAACAUAUACAUGAGAGUCUCAACACACAGUCAGAUACAGAUGAGACCAAUAACAGAGUGGAAAGUUGCUUCUCAUUUACACGUUUCAUCAAUAUGUCGGCCCAGGAAUUGUACCAUAUGAUGCAUGGGGGUCUGCUGACUAGGUGGUUGGCUGUAUUUCUCUGGUUGAAGGAGGCAUACACCAUACAGCACAUGGCAACAUGGGCAGCUCAGCCACUCAAACAGAUCAGAUAUUUAGAACGCAGAUCAUUCCUGCUUGAGCCAAUAUCUACUACACAUUACACAAAUGUAUCCACUUCAAAGAAUCUCCAGUGUCAUAUAUUUACAAGCCACCAGUCUAGCCUGUACACCCAUUGCAGUCACACUCUUCAGUAUCACCCAGAGACCCUGGGCCACCGGAAGAUUAGAUCUAGGAGGUUUUCAACCCGCGGUAGCGUGGGAAAACCACCUACUUCUCCUACCAAGAAAGUGCCAACUUCACCCCUCAAAAAAGCUUCAAAUCCUGGUGCCAACCAAGAUGAGAAUCCCCUAGUCCCUGAACAUGUACAUACACCUCGAUCUCCUAAAGUACUAGAUCUCAUGCCAACAUAUAUACCAGCAUUCCUCUACUAUACUAUACCUAAGGCAUUCUGCAAGGAUAUCAGUUGGUACUGUGAUGAUCGUAUGGCAGAGUGGGAGCGUCAACGUGACAAUCUGUGUGGUACUAAGUCUGCCCAUGAUAGUCUCAUGUAUGGCUCCACCGAGAUUGCAGAGCAGGUGCGAUGGUCUUCCUGGUACUUCUCACCCACACAGCCUGGAGGCUUUUAUGGUAUCCAUCCCAAACAUGGCUUCUCUAAUGUACUCAUACCAGAUAAAGAAACCCUGAUCAGAGAUGCAGGGAAGCUUGAAGUGCUGGAUAGUUUACUUGCAAGACUCAAGGCAGAGGGACAUAGAGUGCUUAUAUACUCACAGAUGACCCGGAUGAUAGAUCUGCUAGAGGAGUAUAUGUGGCACAGAAAGCACAAGUACAUGCGGUUAGAUGGCUCCUCUAAGAUUUCAGAUAGGCGUGACAUGGUAGAGGACUUCCAGACCAAGAGUGACAUAUUUGUGUUCCUGCUUAGUACACGUGCUGGGGGACUGGGGAUCAACCUCACUGCUGCGGACACUGUGAUAUUUUAUGAUAGUGACUGGAACCCUACAGUUGACCAGCAGGCCAUGGACAGGGCCCACAGACUCGGGCAGACGAAGCAGGUCACUGUGUACAGGCUCAUCACAAAGGGAAGCAUAGAGAUGAGGAUCUUAGAGAGGGCUAAGGAGAAGAGUGAGAUCCAGCGUAUGGUAAUCAGUGGAGAGAAUUUCAAGCCAGAUGUUCUCAAGGCAAAGGAGGUGGUUUCCCUACUGUUGGAAGAGGAGGAACUCACAACAAAAGUGAAACAGAAAGAUGCUGAUCGGAAGCAGAAAGAGGAACAAUUAAAAGCGAAAGAUCGUAUGCGUAAACGAGAGCAAUAUCAUGCAAAGAAAUCUGGUGUAUUACUACCAAAGAACAAGCCAGGACGUAAGAGGAAACAACCAACUGAGGAGACUGCUAUAGCCAACAGUGCCUCUAACACUACCUUAUCCUCUCAGGGGGAACCAUCCAUCUUUAACUAUGAGUCAAGCUCAGCUGCAGCCAGUCCUCAGAGUGUGAAGUCAUUGGGUGGUGAGCAUGCCAGCUUUAGUUUAGUAGGAGAUGAGGAUAGUAAUGAUGGAAUGCUAAUUGUUGAUGACCAAGCUGCCUUCACAGGUGACACAAGCAGUACACCACCACCCACCAAGCGAGGGGGUUUAGCAAGGGGCCGUGGCAAGAAAACUCCAACUGGAGGGGGACGUCGACCUAGAGGGAGAGGCAGUUUACGUAAAGCCAUAUCAGCUGCUGAGAUUGCAGGGAAACAAGCAGCAAAAGAAGCUGCUUAUGCUGCAUAUGGCUAUAGCUUACAAGGUUCUAAAACAAGUAACCAGGGCGAUUCAUGACACUCCAAUCGGAAAUGAGAUACUACAAACUAAAACAUCUGUUUGACACUCCAUUGUGUAUCAUGACACUCCUGAAGGUGAAAAUACAUCAUGUGGGGAUAAUGUCACACUAGGGUGAAAUAUGACACUCCUAAAUGAGGGGUAACACUCCAAAGUGUGAUUGUACACUCCAACAUGAACUGUGACAUUCUGAGUGAAAUGAGACACUCAACAAGAUAUCUGAAGGUGACACUCUUACAUGAGAUGUGACACUCUUACAUGAGAUGUGACACUCUAACAUGAGAUGUGACACUCUAACAUGAGAUGUGACACUCUAACGUGAGAUGUAACACUCUAACAUGAGAUGUGACACUCUAACAUAAGAUGUGACA